AUGGCUUUGUACGAAGACCGUCGUGAUAUGUUGAUAGGGCUCAUCAUUCGAGUAUACCACCCACCACCUCCUCCAUUGCUUUUACUGUCUUACUCACAUUCUUUCUUCCUCUAUCUUGUACGAGGUGAAGAGCUGAAGGUACUACAGCAACGAACCAAUAAAACAAGUUCGGACGUGGUUAGCAGACCUAUCACCAGCGGCUGA